AUGCAGCAUAAUUUGCAGGAAAAUGAGGGUGAUGUGAGCGACGAAUGUUGGGACAUCUCAUGCGUGAAUCGACUCCGGACGACCGUCGACACGGUACACAAGAGCAUCGCUGAACUGCAUCAAUCUACUCUGGCGUUUUCCGACACGGUAAACCGUUCGUACGAAUGCCUUGAUCAGCUGUUGACGCUUUUAGCCCAGUGCGGGGUUGAAACAGACAAGCUGCUAGAACUAGACGGGGCAAAAAGCGCCAAGGAAGUCAACUUCCGAUCAUUACGAGAAAUAGCACAUAGUACCCUUGCGGUGUGCCAUAAACUACGGGAUUUUGCCGAUGUGCAUGUGGAAAACGCCUUAGAGAAGGUCGCAGAGUACGUCAUCACCGAUACGCCAGAGAGAGCCCCCUUACCAGUCACAAUAAGAAAACGCAAAAUGACGACGAAUGAACUUAUCUACACUCUUGGUGAGGCACCUAUGGUUUCUUUUGCGGAUUAUGGUCGUGAGGCGUGUCUGCGUAAAACCGUUACACAAGCCCACUACGAACUGGCCAGCGCCAAGGCUGCAUACAAGCAGCUGCUUGACUGCACGGAGCUACCGCGUAGUGGAGAUAACGUUAUUGAAAUGGCCGCCAAUCGCAUCGAGAGAACUCUGCGCAUCUUGUCCACGUCCAUUAGGGAACUGAUCGCCAUGGACAAGGCGUAUGAGGACUUCUUCUAUGCAUACCUCAAUGCUAUGGAAAACAAGGAUACGCAGCAGACAUCAAACGGCAAACCCAUACGUGGAAUCAACUCACACGCCAUAGAUUCUAUAUUAUCCAGCCAACAAAGUAAAGAGAAUGAAGACCACAUGAAAACGUAUGAGAAACGACUGCACGAUUGCGCCGCAACGAUGGGGUCUCUAAUGCAAGAAUUCAUUCAGUCGUUCUCCCCGAUUAUACCAACUGAGGCGGAUGCGCAGUCGCUACUUUAG